UAUUUAUUUUAGUGUAAGGGGUUAAGAAAAGGGGUAUCACCAAAAGUUAGGUUUUAUGACAUGACGACGACGACGGUGGUAGGGUUUUAGACUGGUGGCUCACGGCGGUCCUCUAUCUUUCUUCACCUCAGUAAAACUGUCACAAAAUGCCGUCGCUAAGAAUUCGUGUGGCUUUCGAAGACCCCUCCGUCCUGACCCAAACACAACGAUCACAAGGAAUGAGCAACAGCUGGAUUCUAAUCGAACCAAUUCAACAGCUUCCGAAAAUCUCGGACGUCUGUAAUCAUAUUUUCCACAUGUUUAGUCUUCACACUUCUUGCCCUAACGGCAUUCUCCUCUUCAUGGAAGGCUUUGUGUUACCACCAUCCGAGUCAGCACGAAUCUUGAAGGACAACGAUAUAAUAUGUGUGAAGAGGAAAGGGGUGGCGUUGGGUGAAGUUAUUGAGGGGGCGGUUACAUGCAAUUUGCUAGAGCUUAAUGGGAUGGAACCUGUUGAAAAUGGCGUGCUACUUUUAGCAAAUGAAGAAUUUGAUAAGGAAACUGGUGGUUAUCAAAGUGACUCCGAGGAUGCUGAAGAGGAAAAGUUGGAAGUAGAACCUUCACCUAAAGAUAAAGCUUCCAAGAAGAGGAAAGUCUCUCCAAAACUUCACAGCUCAAAAAAGAAGAGGAAAAGAUCACUGAUGACGGAUGGUGUUGAAGAUGAAGUUGCAACAGAGGAUGGCAACUCUAACAAGGAUGAAUGUCUUCCGACAAAAAACAUUCGCAAAAAAAGUAAACCAAACCAGGAGAAGAAGAGUGCUGGAAGUGAAACAAUCACAGUAAAGGGUACUUCUAAGGUGAAGAGGAAAAAGAAACAAGGUUUAGGGGUGGUGAAUGACGCUGAAGAUGAAGUUAUGAUAGAUGAAUUUGUCAAGGUUAAUAAUCGCGAAGAAGUAAGACAAGAGUCUGCUGCACCUGAUGUCGCUAAAAAGGUCCCUAGUAGAAGUGCUAGAAGGAAAAAGGUUAAGAGACAAUGGAGACGGGAACUUGCUAAAAAUUCACAGAAUCCCGAUACACAUUUGGAACCAGAAAUAGUCAAAGCUGAAAACAAAGAAGCUAAUGGCCAUCCAGAUGAACUUUUAAAGCAAGAUCAGGUGCCUGCAAAACUUGUGGACAAGAAUAUAAUUAAACAAGAAGAAAGUAACGGUAAUGGUAACAUGGAUACUGAACUUGUUCCUCGUGUAGUCAGACCAGGACAUAUUCGCUUUGAACAUCUGGAUCAAGAUGAAGAUGCAAGGGAGAUCGAAGUACCAAAUGUACCGUUUCAGUGGAAUGGUAUCACGAGCAAGAAAAAGGGUCAAAAAUGGGGUAUAGAAAAGUUUUCAACUUCUCAACAAGAUGAAUCACAAAUAGCAACCAAAGGACCUUCAACAAAGUUGCCCGAAGAUACAUCAGUACCUUUGGUUGGCUUCAGUGACUUUGAUCAUCUCCCUCUCUGCAGUUCACCAAAGGAAGAUGAUGUCAUUGCAUACCGUCUUCUUGAGCUAUCUUCUUCUUGGACCCCUGAGCUCUCUUCCUUCCGGGUUGGAAAAAUAUCACAUUACAAUGGCAAUGUCAUUGUUCUGAAGCCGGUGCCAGAGUAUCCCAUUGUUGUUGACAAGACCGAUGAAGAUGAAGAUGGGCCAGACAACUCUCUUUAUAAAGAAGAUGGAAGUUUAGAGACCAAGUUUGAGGCUCUUGUUGACGUGCGUAGCUUCAAGCGAAGUAACUCAGAUGCGAGGAUAGCAGUCGCUAAUGGAGUUAACCCGAAUCCCCAGGGUGAUGAUAAGGAUGUUGCAUCAAAGUUAUUAUCUAUAAGCAACAACAAUAAAACACAUCUCCCCAAAGAUCCUAAUCAAGAGGUCAUGAACAAAGAGGGUAAUACGUGGGAUGAACUCAAACAGGCUUUAAUCGCAAAGAAAGCAGAGUUGCAGGGAAUGAAUGCAGAGAUGAAGAAAGAUUCCGGUAGGAACAAAUGGUCAUAUAGAGCCUUGAGAGGUAGUGCACUUGGUCCAACAAUGGCAAUGUUAAGAUCUAGUAACAACAUUUGAAAAUCAAUAUAACCUGUUUUGUAUCUAUGUUUAUGAUACAACCAGUUUGAUCCAAUUUUGGUAGAUCUGAAUUUUAAGAUCUUCAGUAGGCAUUUUGUAGCUUUAGAAGUUUAUAUAUAUUUAAGACCAUGGUGUUGCAAAUUUAA